AGUUGUCACAUUUUGACACUUUUGAUAAUAACAAAAACUGAAACUCAUUAAAUUAAGAAUUAAUUUAUGAAAACAAACGAAAUGGAAAUAUUAUGAAAUAGUUAUUGUAACGUUUUAGUGCUAACUUUAUUAAUUACAUGAACAAUUAAGUUUGGAGUUAUUUUUCGAUAACUAAAUAUGGCAGGAACAUAUUACUUUGUAAUAGUGGGCCACUCGGACAAUCCUAUAUUCGAAAUAGAUUUCAUACCCGUCACCAAAGAAGUAAAGAAGGAAGACAACAGACACUUGAAUCAGUUCAUAGCUCAUGCAGCUCUUGAUUUAGUUGACGAGCAUAUGUGGAAGGUCACCAACACAUACCUUAAGUCUGUUGAUAAAUUCAAUCAAUGGUUUGUCUCUGCAUUUGUCACUGCUAGUCAGAUGAGGUUUAUAAUGGUACAUGAUGCACGCAAUGAAGAUGGCAUCAAGAAUUUCUUUACUGAUGUUUACGAAACCUACGUAAAACUUCUCUUAAAUCCAUUCUACAAAGAGGACACUAUUAUAACAUUCCCAGCAUUUGAGAAGAAAGUUCAGCUACUCGGCAAGAAAUAUUUAACUUAAACUUGAUUAUAAUGUAUGUUAAGAAUAUUAUUUUGUCAUUGAGUCAAUAAUUGGUAUUCUAAAACAAUUAUUUACUUUAAACUUUGAAAACAGAUACUAUACAAAUUAAAAAACUGUACAAUUUUGUAAAGUUACUUAUUUUAAAUUCAGAAACAUUAAAACAACCACUUUGUUACAAAACAUUUAUUAAAUAAAAAAAAUACUGUUCAUAUAAAGCUGUUGAACUUAUGUUUAAAGCUUUUGAACAAUCCAAUUAUGUUAAAGGCAAUACGUAGCUUUUUAUAAAACAAAACUCAUCUUAUACAAAAAUGUUAUCAUAUAUUUAAGUUAUAUUUAAACCAAAUGUAAAUAUGUAACAUUGUUAUAUUAUAAUUAAGGAAUUAAAUUACUGAAAUAAUAAUA